AUGCGUUUGAUCUCGGCUGUUCUCCUCUUGUUCAUGAUAUUCGUUGUCACAGGGAUGGGUCCAGUCGCAGUUGAGGCACGCACGUGUGAGUCAGCGAGCCAUAAGUUCAAAGGUACAUGCUUGAGUGAAAGCAACUGCGGAAACGUGUGUCACGGCGAAGGCUUCAGCGGAGGGAGAGAUCUCAAGACGGUGGGAUCACGGCGAGGAGACAACGGAAGCGACGGCCGUGGAAGGAUCGACGGUGAAGAAAACCAUCGUAGCGCGGGGUUACGGCUGCAACGACGGAGAUGA